CCGCAGCAGAGGCUACCGCAACAGCAGCAGCUGCUGCUGCAACAGAACGACCAGCAGCGCGUGCAGGAGUUGCAGAGGACAAAGUCGCAGCAGCAGCAGCAGCAUGGCAGCAGCAAGAAGACACUGCAGCAGAAACUGCAGCGGCAGCAGUAGCAGCAGCUUUAGAAGCAGCAGCAGCAGCAGCAGCAGAAGCGGCAACAGCAGAAGCAACGAAGCUAGUAGAUGCAGCAACAGCAGCAACAACAGCAGAGGCAGCAACAACACCAGAAGUAAAAGCAGCAGCAGAAGGAGCAGCAGAAGAAGAAGCAGCAGCAGAAGAAGCAGCAGCAGCAGCAUCAACGACAACAGCAGAGGCAGCAACAACACCGGAAGCAAAAGCAGCAGAAGGAGCAGCAGCAGAAGGAGCAACAACAGAAGCAGCAGAAACAGCAGCAGCAGACGCAGCAGCAGAAGCAGCAGCAGCAGAAGCAGCAGCAGAAGCAGCAGCAGCAGAAGCAGCAGCAGCAGCAGAAGCAGCAGCAUCUGAGCUGAAAUUACCCGCCCGGGAUGACCAGUCAAACGAAGCUGCAGCAGCAGCAGCUGCAGUAGCAGCAGCGGCAGCAGCAGCAGCAGCAGCAGCAGCGGAACCAGUCACUCUGUCAGAUGCUGCUUCAAGCGAAGCGUACGCAGCACCCAACAGCAGCAACAGCAGCAGCAGCAGCAGACGCAUUAGCAGCAGCAGCAUUAUUUCUUGGGAUGAAUCCGCAGCAGAAACUGCAGCAGCAGCGUCAACAGCAGCAGCAGCACCAGCAGCAGCAGGCUUCAUCCGCCCUUUGCCGUUUGAGUGGGACAUUGGCUUAGAGAAAAAGGAAGCAGCAGCAGCAGCAGCAGCAAGCAUGGCAGCAGUGGCAGCAGCAGCUGGGGCAGAGCAAGCGGAGGCAGCAGCAGCAGCAGCAGCGCGAGCAGCAAGAGCCGAAGCAGCAGCUGCAGCAGCAGCAGCAGCAGCAGCAACCCCAUUGCCUACUGAGUGGCUCUCAGUCCGCCUGCAGCUGCGGGGCUGCUCUGUGUCCCCUAACUGGGGCCUUUGCGGCUUUGUUGCUGCUGCUGCACCUAGCAGCAGCAGCAGCAGCAGCAGCAGCAGUCCUUCCUCCGCAAGACACGCUGCAGCUGUUGCUGCUGACCCCGCAGCAGCAGCAGCAGCAGCAGCAGAAUGGAUGCCUGCUGCUCCACUGUGCUUCGUCGAGGCCUGGAGACAGCCAACUGAAGCUGCUGCUGCACCUUUGCUGCUGCUGUCGCUGCAGCGGCAGCCCUCGCUGCAGCGCAUGCACUCCCUUAUUGCUGCUGCAUCAGCGGCGGGUGCUGCUGCUGCUGCUGGGGAAGCAGCAGCAGCAGACGCUGCUGCUGCUAAUGGAGCAGCAGUGGCCACAGCGGGAGAACAGGAGCAGGCGCUCGUUGCUGCUCUCACUGCAGCAGGCCAGGAAGCAACAGCAGCAGCAGCUGCUGCUGCUGCUGCUGGCCAGGCGCUGCAGCUGUCCCCCAUAAGGACCUGCGUCGUCGUGGAGAGCCUUGAUAAGGGGCUGCUGCUGCUGCUGCGGCAGCAGCAGCUAGUGGUGCGGAAGCUGCUGCAGGCAGUGGAACAGCAGCAGGAAGCGUGGCAGCAGCAGCAGCAGCAGCAGCAGCAGCAGCAGCAGCAGCAGCAGCAGCAGGAGCAGCAGGAACACGCGUAUAGGCCUGUUCUUCAGGUGUACGUACACCUCAGCAACAUUUUUGGCAAAAGAGAAUUCGACAAGAAGCUGCCUUUGGUGCUGCUGCAGCAGGUGCAGCAGCAGCAGCGGGAGCAGCAGCAGAAGCUCUAUGAACGGAAGCAGCAGCAGCUGCUGCUCGCGAGGACCAUGUGGAGUAAGCUGCUGCGCAGACUGCAGCGCAGCAGCAGCAAAUGCAGCAGCAACAACUGCUGCUGCUGCAGACGCCGCCAGCUGCAUGCACAGCAAGUUCUACAGCAUGUAUCUAUGACCCCACAUCACCUACAGCAGCAGCAGCAGCAGCAACAGCAACAGCAGCAGCAGCAACAGCAGCAGCAACAGCAACAGCAGCAGCAGCAACAGCAGCAGCAGCACGACGGUGGAAGGCACGAGCCUCCCCUUGUGCGCUGCAGCAGCGCAGGCGAAAAGGAUAACAGUCUUGCUGCAGCGUCCCCAGCAGCAGCAGCAGCAGCAGCAGCAGCAGCAGCAGCAGCAGCAGCAGUUGAAUGUGGCUUCGGAAACUGGCAAGAAGAGCAGCUGAGCUGCUGCAGCGGCUGGCGCAGCCUCGGCCGCGUUGCUGCUCCAGUCCCGCCGCAGGAUGUAGGGGUAUAUCUGCUGCAGCGCUGCUGGUGCACAGCAGCAGCAGCAGCAGCAGCAGCAGCAGCAGCAACAGCUGCUGCAGCAACAGCUGCUGCUGCUCCUGUUGCGGCAGGCGCUGAGGGAAAGGGAGACUCUCUGUAA